ACAAGGAACCGCUGGAUCCAAUGCAGACGGUGAGUGCUGAUCAAAAGGUGGAAGAGCCGACUCCAGAAGGCCUCAAGAGAAGCCACCUAAACAUUGGUGUUCUUGAGGAGUUUGCCAAAAAUAUGUCCGAGAACAUAAUCCAGUCGUUUAAAAGCCAAAUGGAGACGAUGGAACCUGGGGUGGACUGCCGGGCGUCUAGAUUUAAUCAGAACCAGGAGAUGUUAGCCGAAGAGUUAGCUUCAAUAGUCGUUGAGGUCGCUUUGAGGGAAGUGUGUGGAGGUCAUAACAUAGGGGAUCAUCUGGAGGGUUCUCAGAGGUCAGCUGGGGUUAAGAUGGAUGGCGGAGCGGCUAAAAAUUGGCAAUUUAUGGACGAAUCGGACAGCGAAAGAUCCACAGAGAUGAAUCCUCGCAAAGAAAUCCAGACCUCCAAAGACCACCAUCACUGUCACCAAUCUUUCUCCCAGCCAGGGCUCCCCGUCGCCGGAUCCCUCGACUACCCCGACGCCCCUCCGACCACGCCGCUCCUACCUGAGCUCGAGAGGAGCCGACACAGUUUUGCCAGGAAGCUGAAAGGAGGCCUGGCGAAGGUUUACCCGCCUUCGACCCCUCCGCCGACCCCGAAGGACGACUCGGACGGGUCCGCCGGCGACCCCCAGGUGGAGUUGAUGGAGCAUCUGAUGCACUCGCUCUCCACGGGUGAUUUGGAAAGGGACUAUUUUGGGGUAGGAUCUCGCUGUGGAGCCAAGAUGGAGGUCUUUGCGGAGGCUCUUUCAUGCGAUAUCAUUGACUGGGUCUUGAGGGAUAAAAACAGAGAUGAAGAUGGCGAUCUUCAUCUACUGGCCCACCAACUGGCUGAAACCAUCCUCACCUCCUCUAUUGACGAAGCUAAAAUGCUCGUCUAGUAUCUUCAUGUGAUUAAUUGGAUCAUAUUUGGGAUGACUGGCAAGAAAAGUCUUGAUAUCACCCCAAACAUUUCUUCCAGUCGGCCUGGCAUUUGCAUUGAAAUGUGGUUUACUGCAAUAAUAUUGUUACAUUGGCUGAUUUUUUAAAUAUUCAACUUCUCAAUAACGUUUGGUUCAAGCUCAUCCAGUUGGGGCUUUGAUUGUGAAAUAUUACUUUUUAUUGUGAAAACUGACCAGAGGUCCAACAAAAAAGGAAAGUUUAGCACUUUUAAUGACGUGUUUAUUGUAGAAGCUGUAUAUCUUAGAUGCUGGAUAAGCAAUCAGAGGUUAUGGUUUUAGUCAAAGAUGGAUUAAAUGUACCCUGGCAAUUUUGACUGGGAUCCAACCGCAAUAACCGUAAAUGUCCUGUAGAUGGUAUUACAGGAACAGAGGUUGACCUGAGUAAUUACCUUUGGGUUAAAAAAAAAAGCUAUUUUGCUAUAUAUAUAUACAUGGUUGAUGCUUUAUUUAUCUAUGUGGAUUGUAGAUAACUUGUGUUGUUUGUCUUGAUUUUGCUUUAUUAAUGGAAUCAAAUAUUGUCAAUUCAGAGAAUAAAGACUUUAUUUUUGUAUAUUUAGUGCACUGGAUUUAAAUGUUUCACAACUUUUAUGAACACAACUCUGACAGAGGAGGAAAUGGCACAGUAGAUGUUUGAGAAUUUGAAUACGACCACAAGUAAAUUAAUCCCUACACCGCUUUAUAAUCGAUUGCGAUGCUUGGAAGUUAUUCUGAUAUUUCCCCUUUGUAAUCAUUCUCGAAAUCUUUACAGAUCCAGUGAUUCAUUCCUCCCCUGGACUGAGCUGAAUGGUGGCAUUUGAGACAAAGUCUGGCUCUAAAGAAACACAUUUUCAUACUCACUUACUUAUUGAGUUCAGAUCCAGGAAAAGAGGCAGCCAUUGUGCACGUAACCACAAAAGUGAUGUGAUCCUGCAGGAGAAUAAAGAAAAAACUUGUUUUUCUUUCCUUACUUUCCUUCUUCUAUUAAUAGAUAAGUUUGCCGCUGACAUAACAGUCAGUAAAUGCCAAAUUCAAUAA